UGUAAAGUUUUGACCCCACUUUUAUGAACUGAAAGUGUUUCACGGAUUCCUCUGUGAUUUUCUUCCUUCGACGUCUCACUAACUGUGACGUUACCACCACUGUCUCGUCGCCGUUUCUGUGCAGAAGGGUCAAUCACUCGUGUUUUUUGGAACCUUUGCCUCUGUGAUGGAUCCCCAAAAUAUUCUCAAAACCACACUCAAGAAAAAAUUUCAGACUUUGAAUGAAGCAUACUCUGCAAAGUCAUUACUUCCUUCAAGACUUUGCUAUCGGAAGCUCAAGCACGACUACAGAUGCCCUACUUUGCACCAGUCUGAGUUUAGACAUAUCGACAAGUCUGACCUUCAUAGUUGGGUAUAUUUUGAAACUGUCCCUCUCGCAGAUAUUUUAUCAUGCGACUGCAAACACGACAGCAGCAAAAAAACAGUCAUCACUUUAGGAGUGGGUGGAGUUGGAAAAACCACAACAGUGCAGAGUUGUGCACUGGAGUGGGCAGAGGGCAAAGGGUACCAUGACAUCCAGCUCAUGCUUCCUCUCACGUUCUGGGAGUUAAAUUUGCUCAAACACAAAUUGAGCCUCAUUGAACUUCUACAGACAUUUUACCCUGAAUUGAAGGAGCUUGAUGUUUCCAGCCUAAAAGAAAAGGUGUGGUUCGUCCUUGACGGACUGGAUGAGUAUCAUUGUCAGCUGGACUUCAGCUGUCCAGCUGUGAGUGAUGUUUCUGAGGUAUCCACAGUGGAUGCACUGGUGACCAAUCUGAUCAGGGGGAAUUUACUUCCCAGUGCUCACAUAUGGAUAACGACCCGAUAUGCAGCGGCAACACAAAUCCCUGAUUGCUACUUGCUUAAAGAGACGGAGGUUCAAGGGUUCAGUGACGGACAGAAGGAGCAGCACUUCAGGACAGUUAUGGGUAAUGAUGAUCUUGCCUACAAAGCCAUUAAUCACGUGAAAAUAUCAAGGAGUCUGGAAUGGCUUUGUCAGAUACCUCCAAUCUGCACCAUCAUGGCAAAUGUGUUAAAGAAUCAUCUAAAACCUAGUGAUGGGUUUAAAAUCAAUCCCCUGAGUUUAACCCAGAUUUACACAAAUCUGGUCAAAGCAUCAAGCUCGGACAUUGUUGCCAAGCUGAAAUAUCUGUCAGUAGAGGAAAAAGGGAGUAAUGUGAUCUAUGAGCAUCAUCUUCGAGAGAAUGACAUAAGUGUUGAGGAAGCGUCAACUUUCUCCAAAGAGUGUCCACUUGUGUUGAGAGAAGAAAAGGGUCUGCAUAACACCACAGUGUUUCGCUUUGGCCACUGGAGCAUUCAGGAGUUCUUUGCUGCGUCUGCUAAAUUAGACAAUAUUGAAGGCUCAGUCCAGUCUGUCUAUUGUCGGAAUCUGGUCGACCAGGCGCUGCAGAAUGCUGAGGGAAAGUCAGAUGUCUUCCUUCGCUUCAUCUUUGGCCUCAUUAAGGAACGUGGCACAUUGGAGCCCACAGAUCCGCUGUUUAACUACACCAAGAAGAAGAUCCUGGAGAACAUCUUGUCUCCCGGCGCUGUGGGUCUGUUCCACUGUCUGAGGGAGUAUGACAGCCGGGCUUUACUGGAAGAAGUGAACUUCUUUCUGGAGUUUGGCUUCUCUCCAAUUCCUAAUCUGUCAUCAACGCACUGGCAAUUCAUGAUGCAAAGGACCUGUAAUUUUGAGGGACUGAGAGAGAGUUUUGAGAUGAAGGUGUCCGAGGGAUGUGAUGAGAGCCUCCUCAGGCAGCUACCAGCUAUUUUGAAAUCCAAGAAAGCCAUGCUGCGGUUCUCCAACCUGACAGACACAUGUUGUCCAGUCUUAGCAGCAAUCCUGAGCACAAGUGAGUCAUACCUGAGAGAGCUGGACCUGGGAUACAACAGCAUCAGUGACAGUGGAGUCCGGACGCUUGUGGAGGGGCUGAACGAUCAAAACUGCAGACUGAAAACAAUCAGGUUGCAAGCCUGUGGAGUGACCUCGCAUGGCUGUGAAUACCUCGCCACGACCCUGAGACAGUCCAAGAAACUGCAGGAGUUGGAUCUCAGCAUGAACGAAAUAGGAGAUGACGGACUGACACAACUUGCAGAUGGUUUGAGAUCACCCGAUUGCCAGUUAGAAACACUCAAACUAUCACAGUGCAACAUUGAGCAAAGGGGCUGCUGUUGUCUGGCCUCGGCUCUGCAGGAGAACUCCGACCACCUGAAAGUGUUGGAUCUGAGCAUCAAUAUGGUUGGAGACACAGGGGCCAUGGAGCUCCUCAGAAAAUUUGAUAUAUCAAAGCUAACAAAGCUGGAGAUGUACCACUGUGGCCUCACUGUGUUAAGCUGUGGAAGUAUCGGGGAAGCUCUGAAGAAUGAAACCAGCACUCUGGUAGAGCUCAAUUUGAGCAACAACAGCUUGAAAGAUGCAGGGUUUGCACUCAUCUGCUAAGGAAUGUACGCAUGGUGUAGUCUGGAAAAACUCAAUGUUUCAAGAUGUGGAAUCACUGGAAAAGGUUGCCUUUAUUUGGCAAAAGUCCUGUGUUCAAUCUCUCAGCUCUACAAGGGGCUGAUUCAAGAAACAGACUGGCAGGCAGUCGAGCUGAAAGACCUUGACCUCAGCAUGAACCGCCUCGGAGACAAGGGAGUUAAGGAAAUUUCAGAUGGACUCACUAAUCCGUUCAGCCAUCUGAAAUCUCUCAACCUGAGUCACUGCAGCCUGACUCAUGGCUGUUGUGCAGAGCUUGCAUCAGGAUUGGCAUCAAAGGGGAGCGUCAUCAGGGCGCUGGACCUGUCUGGCAAUGACCUCCAGGACAAGGGAGUGAAGAAACUCUGUGCGGGGCUCGGAAACCCUCAAAGCAAACUUGAGACACUGUCACUGAGGACCUGUGGCCUGAGCUCGAGGAGCAUUCAGUUCCUGACCACUGCCCUCAAGUCGAACCCCCAUCAUCUGACAGAGCUGCAUGUGAUGGGCAACAAUCUGGAACACUCAGGAAUCAGAGUGCUCCAGGAAAUCACAAAGAAUGAGAAAUACGCCUUACAUACCAUAGAUGUCUCCACAGAUUGAAGAGACAGGCAGCAACAGACACAAGCUGAUCAAACUUGCUCACGUUCGUCAGACCAUACUUUAUACACCAAGUCAGUGGUAGGAACGUCCUUGUAUUCCAGUGCUUAUUCUAGCUACAAUAUCAAAUGCUCCAUCUACUCUGUUUAAAGAAUGUGACAGAGCCAAAACGCAUCUUAAAAGUAUGUCAGCAAUUAAAAUGUCUUGUGAUUUCUUUUUCAUAUUGUAAGAUGAAUAUGUCUUACGCAGUGCCUUAGUUGGAAAGUGAAAGAAUUGUGUUGACUCAAGUAAUGUAGCUACUCAUAAAAUAUGUGCCUGCAGUAUUAUCGUUAUGUACAUUACUAUUUCUGUUCACAAUGUUUUGUGAUUUCUUUUUCAUUACCUCAUGGUAACAUGAAUGUGUUUUUACACAGUGCCUUAGUUCGAAAUAUGUUUCCUUGGAUUGCAGUGCACAGCACUUAAAGUACUUAUAAAAUAUGUGCCUACAGUAUUAUAGUUACAUACUAUUGCUUUUCAAAAUGUUUUGUGAUUUAUUUUUCAUUAUUACAUUGUAAGAUGAAUGUAUGUUUUUAGGCAGUGCCUCGAAAGUACCUUUCCUUUGGUUGCAGUGAACAGCACUUACAAGUAAAAUUAUCAGAGAAAUGUGAAAGACAUGUGUUACUGUUUAAAGUAAUGUAUCUACUCAGAAAAUAUGUGCCUGCAGUAUUGUUGUUGUGUACUAUUACUACUGAAUCUGAUGCAAGAAUUAAAAUGAGAUCUCCAUGA